AUGUCCGCUGCCAUCGUUUCCUAUUCCAUUGAAGCACCGAGUGGUGAAGUGCACAAGUAUCGAAAUUUCAACGUCUACAAGCACGAACCUGGUGUUUGCAAACUUGUUUAUGAAACUGCCAUUUCGCUGGAUCUCACCGAUGCUGCUCCUCGUUAUGGUAAGCUCGAGGUCUUGAGCGCGGCGCGUCUUAAUCGGGCAUUCGCCGUCGACAGCGUCGUCUACUUUUUCGACACGAAGCGUCUGUUUGCUUUCGACCGUAAGCGAAUCGAGGCCGGCCUGACUUCCCCAUUUGGUGUGAUGGGUUCAUCUAGGAUUCUCGGAGGGUGCGGUAGUCGAAUGGGCCCUAUGGUUCUUCUCACUGGAGGAAGACUGUGGGUCGCUGGGAAGACGAUCGAAUUGCCUCUGCCGUUUGAUCUCUUGCACGGAUGUCUCGAGACUCUCGCUGGAACCGUCCUGGUAUGUUCAUCAUUUGUAGACAAGAGAUGCGUCAUAGCGUUCGUUGCGAUUCACGCUGAUGGGCGUGCAGAAGUUACUAAAGAGUUGGUAUUCAAGGAUUUGCCAACUCAGAUUGUCUUCAAUGAGGAUUCGGUACAGUUUGUGACAACGGGGUACUGCGCUGUUGGUGUUGAGAUGACCGAUAGAAAUAAAGAGGAAGUUUAUAUCACGACUGUUCACACUUCCGGGGAGAUUUCUAUCGCUUCUCUGGGCUACUUUGCUCGGUGCUUGACGACUGAUGGGGAUGUUAUCGGUAUUGCAAUCGGAGACGAAGACUUGUGCGUUGUGGAUGAGAAAAUGCAAGUUAAGUCGUAUUGGCCUGGCAUGGCAUAUAUCGUGGAAGCUCGAGAGGCUCGCAAAUUUGUGAUGGGAAGUAAAGACCCCCAAGGGCUGUUUUAUGCGGUGGAAUCCAAACCGGGAUCGGUCGUGAAUGUUUUCAAGCAUCCUGUUGCUGGGGAAACGCUAUCCCCUAGCGGUCAGUGUGAUCAGGCGAAAGAGGCAGAAAUGGGUGCUGAGGUCCUUGGCCUAGUCUGUGAAGGCGCUGAUAUCGUUGUUAUUCGUAAUGGACAGUUGACUUACUACAGAGUUGAUUAA